ACCAUUGCAUCAUGUAUUCCCCGGUCGCGCGAUUGUCCCGUCAUAAACAAUGAUCAUGACGCGCGCCGGUUGACAAAUCUCGCUUUUUUCAACAGUCGCUUGAUCGGUCAUCUUCUGGCAAUCACCUCCCGUGGCGACUGAGCGUCGGGUUGCUAUGGCGUUCACGUAUCCCGUGGUGCCCUUUAUCACACCGAAUCAUACAUUAAACACCACCGCCAACCAGUCGGCGGUGCCGUACGGAAUCGUCUAUAGUGCCGUUCCGCCGCAUGAUGAUCAGUGGUGGCUGCGGGUGACCUUUGUGGUGUUUAUGGGAAUAUUGUCGGCGUUCGGGACGGUGGGGAAUCUGUUUGUAAUAUGUUCGAUUUUAUUGGUCAAGGAACUGAGGAAAGUGAAGAAUUGUUUUAUCCUCAAUCUGGGCAUCAGCGAUCUAACCAUCAACGCCAUUAGUAUGCCGAUAAAUAUCAUCGGUGCACUACAUGCCGGAUCCUACUGGUAUGGGAGAGAUUCCCUCUGCACCUUCGUCUCCGCCAUCUGCAUACCCGGAUGCUCCAGCUCCCUGUAUUCCAUCGCCGCUAUUGCCUUUGAACGAUAUAUAUGCAUUUGCCACCCGGGCUUCCACCACAAACUCUUCACCCUCCCCAACGCCGUCAUCAUGGUGACCUUACUCUGGGUCAACGCCCACCUCAUCCACCUGCCCAACCACAUCGGUUGGGGCGACAUCUACUACGACGAGAACUUCUUCCUGUGCUGGCUGGAUCUGCGCCUGUGGUCCUACUCCUUCUUUUACGCUUCCUACAGCGUCCUCAUCCCCAUCGGCUUCUCCUUCUACGCCUACUUCAACAUCUACUGGACCAUCCGCAGUACAAAUCUCUCCCGCAAACUCAUUACCAAGAGCAGCAGUAAGGGCGAGAACGACACGGAGAAGCAGGCCCGCUCGGCGUGGCUGGAAGAGGUCAUGCUGGUGAAGACGCUCUUCCGGUUGUUUGUUAUUUUCCUCAUCUCGUGGGGCCCGGUGGCGGUGCUGUUCUGCUUUAAUAAACUGAUCCAUCCGCCGCGCUGGAUUAAUUUAUUGGCGAUUAUGAUGGCGCACGGGAACAGCGCCACGAAUUCGGUGGUGUAUUACUGGUUGAACGGGCACGCGUCGGCGACAUUACGGUCGGCACGGACACGGAUUAGUAAAAAGCGCGGGGAUGUGUACCCGCUGAAGGGCAAGGCCACCGGAGUGACCAUGACCCGGGCGUCGGAUGUGUCGCGCGGGGAAUCCCGCGCCGAGACGAAGAUCGGCGAAUCGCAGGCGCCGGGGACGCCGGUACGCAAAGCGGCGGAGGAUGUAUGAGGGCAUGGGUGUUGCACAGGACUUCCGAUUGCUUCCUUCCAAGAUUAUACUUGCCACGUAGUUUAAUAAAAAAGUGCAUUAUACGGUGCAGUUAUCGGUAUUAGAAAAUGGGUUAUUCUUUAGUUAUUAUGAUACGUUAAAAUUUAAUAUGAUUGAACUGUGCUGCUAACGACGAUGAAUUAUUU